AUGGCCGAGGCACACCAGGACGCGUCGCUCGAGCACACGCCCACCUGGGUCGUCGCCGCCGUCUGCUUCACCAUCGUAUCCGUCUCCCUCGCCGCCGAGCGCUUCCUCCACUACCUCGGCAAGGCACUAAAGCAUAAGAAGCAGAAAACGCUGUUUUCAGCUCUACAGAGACUAAAAGAAGAGUUAAUGCUUCUUGGAUUUAUUUCCUUCGUCCUGAGUCUCUCUCAGGGUUUUAUUGUUCACAUUUGCAUUCCGGAAACUGCUACGCGUUUCAUGCUUCCAUGCAAGAGAGAGAAUCACAAAGUUGCAGAAAAAGGUGGCAUUGUUUGCAAGAAAAAGGGUGAUGUUCCCUUGUUAUCACUGGAGGCAUUGCAUCAGCUGCACAUAUUUAUAUUUGUACUUGGAUUUGUCCAUGUUGUUUUCUGCGCGACAACAAUAUUGCUUGGUGGAGCAAAGAUAAGAAAAUGGAAGCAUUGGGAGACCAGAAUUCACAGAGAAAUACAACAGAAAUUUGCAGUACAGCAAACAGAGCAUCCAGGAAAAGUUACACCACCGCAUGUUUUGCUGCAUCGUGAACACCAGGGAGAAUUUGUUACUGAGCGAACAAAGGGAUUUUGGACGAAGCUGGCUGUUGUAAGCUGGAUUAUUGCAUUCUUGAAGCAGUUUCAUGAUUCUGUGAGUAAAUCAGAUUAUGUAGCCCUUAGAUCAGCAUUUGUCUUGAUACACUACCCACGGCGCCCAGACUUUGAUUUCCACAAGUACAUGACCCGUGCCCUUGAACAUGAUUUUAAGAGGGUUGUUGGUAUCAGCUGGUUCCUGUGGCUGUUUGUCAUCCUUUUCCUUUUGCUGAAUAUAAAUGGAUGGCAUACAUACUUCUGGUUAGCUUUCCUGCCUCUGUUUCUCUUGCUUGUUGUUGGCGCAAAGCUACAGCACAUCAUUACUCGGUUAGCUCAAGAGGCAGCAGCAUCGCUAGCCGACGAAACGAACCAAGUCCCAAAAAUAAAGCCAUCCAAGGAGCACUUCUGGUUUGGCAAACCUUCGAUUGUCCUUCAUCUGAUCCAUUUCAUCCUGUUCCAGAACGCCUUCGAGAUUGGAUUUUUCUUCUGGGUCUUGAUAACAUACGGGUUCAACUCAUGCAUUAUGGAGCAGAAGGCUUACGCCAUUUCUAGACUUGUUAUUGGUUUGAUCAUCCAAGUGGUGUGCAGCUACAUCACCCUGCCGUUAUACGCCAUCGUCACUCACAUGGGCGGAGACAUCAAGCUGGAAGCGCUCGGGUCGGGCCUGCACGAGUCCGUGGCGAACUGGGCCACGGGCGCCCGGAAGAAGGGCAGCUCGGACACGAGCCUCCGGAACUCGCUCACCGCGAAGAAGACCGACCCCGCCGCCGUCCCCGGCGGUUCGGGUGCGGGUGCUGGUAGGAACGAGAUUGCCGUGGCGCGGGAGCCCAACGAGCGGUUCGGGAGCUCCCGCAACAUGCUGGCGCCGGCGGCGGUGUCCGACGGCGACGAGAUCGUGUCCGUCGUCGUCGUCGACGACGCCGACACCCGGAGGUGA